GCUAUGAAAAUGAAUUAUAAAUUAAUCAAAAAGAAGGUGCAUGAAGAGUCUUACAGUAGUCUAACUGAUCCAUCAGCGGUUAUUACCCAGUCUUGGUUAAAGAUUCGGGGUUCAUUAAAGACCUGGGCAAAGUAUUGGUGCGUCUUAAAACCUGGAGUAUUACUAAUUUACAAACAUCAAAAGCAUGAGCAAUGGAUAGGUACUGUUCUUUUAAACACAUGCGAUGUUAUCGAGAGACCGUCAAAAAAAGAAGGAUUCUGCUUCAAGGUUUAUCACCCAUUAGACGAAUCAAUUUGGGCAACUAGGGGUCCAAAGGGGGAAUUAUCAGGCUCAAUUGCACAACCUAUGCCUCGUGACCAUCUUAUCAUUAGAGCAGCAACAGAAGAAACUGGGAGAUGCUGGAUGGAUUAUAUCGAAGUUUCUAUCAAAUCACGAAACCCUCAUCCUCAUGUUGAUGUUAAAGAUGAUGCCGCUGAUACUCCUACCCGAGAGGACGUAAACGCUAAUGAACCAAAAGAAGACUUUGCAAUAAAAUACUUAACAGCUAACAAUAGAGGUAAAGCUAAUAAUUCUUGCCAAAUUUAUAAGCAGAUGACGAAUUUUAUUGGAGUUGAUGGAGAAUUGGUUGAAUCAAUGGAGGACGAAAAUAAAAACCUUCUUUGGGCUAUAUUAAAGCAAGUUAGGCCAGGAAUGGAUUUAUCCCGAGUUGUAUUACCGACUUUUAUUCUUGAACCUCGAUCGUUGCUGCAAAAGCUUGCUGAUUAUUACUUUCAUGCUGAUAUCCUAUCACGUGCUGCAAAAGAAGAAAGUCCUGUAGUUAGAAUAAAAGAAAUUGUUCGUUGGUAUCUAUCUGGAUUUUACAAAAAGCCGAAAGGAUUAAAAAAGCCUUACAACCCUCUUCUAGGAGAAAUAUAUCGGUGCCAAUGGAACCACCCAGAAACAGAUUCAGUAACAUACUACGUUUCAGAACAGGUAUCACAUCACCCACCAAUUUCAGCAUUUUUCAUGGCAAAUCGAAAAGAUGGAUUUUGUCUAAAUGCCUCAAUUCUUACUAGAUCGAAAUUUUAUGGUAACUCAACGCAAGCGAUUUUGGAUGGUUCAGCGACUCUGAUGUUGCUAGACCAAGGAGAAGAGUAUAUCAUUACGUUACCAUACGCAAACUGCAAAGGUAUAUUAGUUGGUACGAUGACAAUGGAACUUGGAGGUGAUAUUUCCAUUACAUGUAAGAAGACUGGAUAUACUGCUGAGAUUUCUUUUAAAUUAAAGUCAUUCUGGGCAAAGAAAGAUGCUACUAAUCUAAUUAGCGGCAAAAUUAAGCAUGGUAAAGAGGUUCUAUUUACCUUGGAUGGUCACUGGGAUGGAGAGAUUUAUAUUACCGAUAAAGUUACUGAUGAGAGAUCAUUGUUUUGGAAUCCAACACCUGAAGUAAAGAAAAGUAGAUUAAAAGUGAAUGUUGUAGAAUACGAAUCUCAAGAUGAUAACGAAUCUGAAAAGUUAUGGAGUAAGGUAACUGAAGCUAUCAAUAAAAGUGAUCAGGAAGCAGCAACUAUUGAGAAAUCAAAACUAGAAGAUCGUCAGAGGAAAGACGCAAAAGAACGGAAAGACUGUGGUACUGAAUGGCAACCAAAAUUAUUUAGCUGUGUGAACGAGGAUGAAAAUCGAUAUGUCUAUCGUUAUAUUGAUAUGCGACCUUGGGAUCCAAGUAAUGAUUUAAUGCAGUACGAAUGGAAUGGCGAAAUUAAAACACAAAGGCGGCAUCGUAACCCUGUAGUAAAAAAUCUUGUUAAAAGGGAAUCGUCACUUACUAAAAACGCUAGUAGAAAAGUUGUCAGAAUGAAUAGCCACAGGAAACAAGUCGAUUCUAGUUCUGAUGAAUCAUCAAUUACACACACUACUGGAAGUGAAAAAAGAGAAAUGUCAAUACGUAAUAAUCCAGGCUUUCGAGAAUUUAAGCAUCUACAAGAUUUGGUUGUAUCACUUCAUUCUCAACAAGAUAGGUGGUCUCAACAGAUGGAUGGCUUGCAAAAGUCCAUAGAACGCAUCGAUAACCAUUUAAGUGGUAUGUCAAAUCGUCAGGUACUAACGCCCUUUCGUUUAGUAUGGAUUUUAUUAUCAAUUUUUGUUGGACUUACUGCAUCAUUGGCGGCGUAUUAUUUUUGA